AUUAAAAGCAGAAUAUAUGUACAUGAAAUAGAACACAAAAGUCAAAGAAUGCUAAAAUUUGUUACGACUCAAACCAAAUCCAAAGAUUUUACCUCAUAAAACUGUGCAAACCAAAACAGGACUUUGAAAGGCAAUUGGUAAUAUUAAUGUUGAAAGAUACACAUAUGUACCUAUAUAUUUGAAGACCACAGCAAACGCACCCAAAGUGACUUAAACAAACAAUCAAAGAGAAAAUCUUUGUGAUUAAAAACGCCAUAGAAUUUUUGGUGAAUAAUAAAAAAGCACUAAUAAAGUUUCUCGUAUUCCCGUGGCUAAUAAUCAUAAAAAUAGUUUAAGCGUCCAUCUUUAGGGCUCAGUUAAAUUUCGUGCUAUAAUUUAAUUCCAUAAGCUAACUUCAUCCGGGGGAAUAGUAUACAAACUGCAAAAUUUUGCCUUCAUUCGCGCAACUUAAAAUGCUCAACAUGGAGUCAACGCAGAUGUACGACACCGUGCAGACCCUCUCUCAGCUGGACCUCAAAAAACAGCCUCCGCCCCAACAGGCAAUCAUCGGCCAAAUCACACUGACUGCCAUGCCCAGCGCCCACCAGCAAAACAACAACGCCAACCCCAACAUGAACAACCCCAAUAGCAAUAAUAGCAACGGCACAGAUGCCAACAAUAACAAUAAUGUUGGAAAUAUGGCAGCAUCUGCUGCAAUUGCUGCGCAACAACAGAAUUCUGGUCUGGUGGUCAAACAGCACGCAGUCCAUCAAAUGCAACAUGCGGCCGCGGCUCUUAACAACAACAAUACCUCCAACAUUAACGCCAAUGUAAACAAUGUGAACAACCUGCUUCAGAAGCAAAUGCUGCAGCAAUACUCCCAAUCUGAUCUGGACGAGUUGACCGCACAGGAAAUCACUUUGGAUCUGCAACACUUGAUCGACGAUCAGUUUCGCGAACAGGAGGGCCUGGGUAUAUUCAGCGACAUGGUAACAAGCCCCGGAGGGCUUUCAGCCACCCUGCCGCCCAACGGGAUGGUGAGCGCAGCGGCAAAAGUGUUGCAACAGCAUCAACUGCAGCAACAGUCGCUGCGCACUCAACAGCACAAUUACGGACGCAGCGCUCUGGCAUACAUGCCACAGGCGGUUCACUCCGGCGCAGCCUACAGUACUAACUCAAGUGAUGAGAACUCCUCGGUUGGCUCAGACACAUCCACCAUUAAAGAGGAGCCCAUCGACCCGGAAUAUCGCCGCCAAUUACAGGAGACAAACGCAAACAAUGCAGCGGCGGCAGCUUUCAUCACAAAUAGUGGUGCCAACGGUCUCUACAAUCCCUACCAGACAGCGGCAAACAACGGCCCGGUCAACACCGGCGGUAUGAACAACGGAGCUGGCGGUACAGCACCCAACUUCACAACCCUCACCUCAGCUAACGUGCUGGCACACCAUUCUAUGAAUCUUCCUCAUCUGGCAGCUGGCGCCCAUCUCCUCAAACACCAUAACAAACAACUUCAACAUCAACGCAAAUCUUCGCUCAAGCAUGUAGACAAGGGCAGCGAGGAAUACCGACGAAGACGAGAACGUAACAACAUAGCGGUGCGAAAAUCGCGCGAGAAGGCGAAGGUACGCUCACGGGAAGUAGAGGAGCGGGUCAAGACGUUGCUGAAAGAGAAGGAGGCACUUUUGCGCCAACUACAGGAGAUGACCAAUGAAAUUCAACUACACAAACAGAUCUACAUGCAGCUUAUGAACCAUGCGAAUCCGGAAGCCGUCCUCUAAUGCCAAUUGCUUGUUUUGAUGUUAAAAUAUGUACCUAAAAGAAAUCAAAUCGAAAAGAAUUAUAAUCUUAAGUAAGUGGCUUGCGCCUUCCUCAUGUAUUCCUGAGUGAAUUGCCAAUAAAUAAGAUCCACAAGAUAGGAUAAGUGACUGCAGAAUGCACCGUAUUAGCAGUGGCGUAGUUAAGUUCUAUUGUGCUCAUGUCUAAAA